GUUAUGGUUAUGAUGAUUUUUCUUUAGCCAGCCAUGGCAGAGAGGUGUUAGACACUCCGCCGCUUCCUGAUCCCGCUGGCUCCUCCCCACUCCCCUCAGCAGCUGAUCCUCAGCUGCAACCCGCGCCUCCCCGCCGCCGGCCCGGCUCUAACGUCGCGCCGCCGUUUUUAACUCCGUAGCGGCGCGGGGGGGCGCCGAGAAACUCGCAGCUCUCGGGAUCCGCGGCCGCUCUCCGUGCGAGGCUCCCCACCGCCAACGGGCAGGUGCCACUGCGGGUGGGCGCCGCUCCGAGUCGCUCAUCGCGGCGCUCCCCUGUCCUCUUUUCGAGUCCCACUCCCCACCGCGUCGCUUCUGGAAGCCGGCCCGGCCGGAGGAGGCGAUGAGCGGUCCGUUCCCCCCACACCCGCUCCGUGCUGCUGGCCCGAGGGGGAAACCGAGGCACGGCCGAGUAGGAGCUGGAGGGGUGUGAGGGACUGCGUCUUCCACGUUUAAGUCCUGAUACUGUGUGGGGGCAACAGGAGCAUCAUCUGGCCAUGAUAAAAGCUGACCGUGCCGCUCCGAGAGGGUGAAGCGCAGGGUUACAUAAUGCCCAGGCAGGCGGCCGUGCCCGUGGCUCUGGCGGCCUUGCUGGGUAUCGCCGCGGGGGGGCUGGUUCUGUGGAAGGCCGCCCAGCGCCGGAGUGGCAGAGCGCGCUGCGGGCGCCUGCGGGAGGAGGCGGCGGGGGAGCGGCCGGAGGAGAAAGAAAGCGAGGCGGGGGGCAGAGAAGCGCUGCCCCUGUUCGCGUCCCCCACCCUUUCCUGGGUGGAAAGGAGCCUCGGCGCAGAUAUAGUGAUCGUGUCGGAGCGGCAGGAGUGGGACCAGGUGGAGCCUUUGCUGAAGAAGGAGCUGGAGAAGUGGCCGGUGCUUGGAAUGGACUGCGAGUGGGUAUCUGUGGAGGGAAAAGCAAAUCCCGUAUCCCUCCUACAGAUGGCUUCUUCCAGUGGCCUUUGCAUUCUUGUUCGGUUGCCCAGGCUUGUUGCCAGUGGACAGCCUAUCCCAAAGACCCUCCUGGACAUCAUGGCAGAUGAUGCUGUGUUGAAAGUAGGAGUAGGAUGCUGGGAAGACGCCUGCAAGUUACUUCAGGAUUAUAGUCUUCCAGUCAAAGGGAGUGUGGAUCUCCGGUAUUUAGCCAUGAGGCAGCGGAAGGAUCUACUUCACAACUGCCUUAGCCUUAAGUCUUUAGCUGAAAAAGUCCUGAACUGCCCGCUUGACAAGUCUCCUCAUAUGCGUUGCAGCAACUGGGAGGCAGAAGAACUGACACAAGAUCAGGUUCUCUAUGCUGCUAGAGAUGCCCAGGUCUCGGUGGCUCUGUUCCUCCAUUUGCUGGGAUUUGCCUGUCUCCCUGCUACAUCUAAAGGUGAAAACUCUGUUUCCAUUUGGGAAAAAGUAUUGAGUAAAUGCCAAGGCUUGGUGGAUAUCCCAUUUAAAGGAAGAAAAAGUGGCAGCACAGGAGAGGACAAGAGUGGAGAGGCACGUUCUCCUCAGAAAGGAAAGAAUCGGAAAUCUUUGGUGAAUGUCCAUUCCUCUGGCAGUCAGCAAGUGAGAGAUCCUCGGAGGCAAAAGCGAAAGCCUCUGGGUGUGGGAUAUUCUGCAAGAAAAUCUCCACUGUAUGACAACUGCUUUCUGCAUGCACCAGAUGGACAGCCCUUGUGCACUUGUGAUCGCAAGAAAGCUCAGUGGUAUCUGGACAAGGGGAUUGGAGAUCUAGUUAGCAAAGACCCAUUUGUUGUGAAGCUGCGGUUUGAGCCUUCAGGACGUCCUGAGUCUGAAGUUGAUUAUUAUCUGAUGGUUAAAGAAAACCUGUGUGUUGUAUGUGGCAAACGGGAGUCCUAUAUUCGAAAGAACAUUGUUCCUCACGAGUAUCGAAGGCACUUCCCCAUUCAGAUGAAGGACCACAACUCCCAUGACGUGCUCCUACUCUGCACCUCCUGCCAUGCCAUCUCCAAUUACUAUGACAACCAUCUCAAGCAGCAGCUGGCUGAGGAGUUUGGUGCUCCUAUUGGCUCUGAAGAAGGAGUGCGUCUGCUGGAGGACCCUCUGCGCAGGCAGGUGCGCUCCGGGGCCCGAGCUCUGCUGAAUGCAGACAGCCUGCCAGACCCUCGAAAGGCAGAACUCCUACAAGGCAUCAAGGACUUCUUUAACGUAGAAGCUGUGACCCCAGAGAUGCUGCAGGAAGCAGCUGGUCUAGAAACCAGGAUCUGCAAUGAGAGCUACAUGCCACAUGGACUGAAGGUGGUACAGUGUUGUGCUAAAGGAGGCCUGCGCUCCCUCAUGCAGUUGGAGAGACGCUGGCGGCAGCAUUUCUUGGACAGCAUGCAGCCCAAACAUCUCCCAGAGCAGUGGUCAGUGGACCACAACCACACGAAGCUGAUCCGAAAGUAUGGGGAGGAUCUUCAGGUCGAGCUGUCAUGAAACUAACUUCCUGGACUUGUGAUAGUGUCUAAUAGAUGUAUGUAACUGAAAGUGGAAAGACUAUUUUCAUUUCUGUUUCUCCACUAACAUCAGAGCCUGGCUUUGUGAACAGGCAGCAGUGAGUUGACAUUUUACAAAGAGUUAAUCUGCUGACUUGAAUUUUAUCGGGUGGUUAGGAAUUUUUAAUCCCAGGCUGUCACUGGAUAGUUCAGUGCAGGAAUUAUACGCCAAGGGAAUUUUUCUGUUCUAAUUGAUUACUGGGAGUUAUUUUCUAUUCCUGAGAUGUCUGGUGCCUCCAGACCCUCUCUUUUAACAUAGAGCACAAUAUGUGAACAUUUCCAGGUUUUCAAGAGAUAGAUGUGCACCUUGGCUGCACCACCAGCAUCUCCUGAUAAUAAAUCUUUCUUUGCUUUCAGUGCAGUUGUACUCAAGUGAGUUCUUCCUGGAGAAGAUGCCCCACUAGAGAGAGAUUCCUUGUUUGGAAAUAGCAAAGAAAUCUUACUGUUUCGUUUUGUUUGUUUCAGAUUCUGCAAAGUCUUUGCAGCACUGCAAUAGGCCUCAAUGAGUAUCUUGUUGCCUGAGGAGAAGUGAUACUGUUUGAUUCUGGCAGCGUGGAAGCAUCUAUGUUGAGUCUUUUUUUUUUUUUUUU